ACAAAACUCUCUCAAAAUAAAAAAUAAAUAAAAACUGCAACCGUCGUCGAAAUUCGCCGGCGAUACAGAAAUCGUGGUCCAUGUCGGCCGGAACCACCGUCCCCGUCUCCUCUUUAGCACUCUUCCAAUUCAAACACUCGUCAUUUCUCGCUCCAAAAUCGACCUCACUAGCCGCAUCACCUUCACCGCUUCCCCCCUCUGUUUCCAGGAAGAAACCUAAUUUGACGGUACGCUUCCUGCUGAAGAAUGAGAAAUUGACGGAAUUGGCGAUCCGAGAUGCGCCGGAGAAUCAAAGCGGAGGAGAUGCGGAGGAGGAACGCAUCGCCUCGGCAGCGCGAUUGACGGAGAAGCUAGCGAGGAAGGAAUCGGAGCGGUCUACUUAUUUGAUCGCGGCGCUUAUGUCGAGCUUAGGGAUCACAUCCAUGGCCGCCGCUGCCGUUUACUCGAGAUUCUCUUGGCAAAUGGAGGGUGGAGAGGUACCUUACGUAGAAAUGUUUGGUACGUUUGCACUCGUUGUUGGCGCAGUUGUGGGAAUGGAAAUGUGGGCAAGAUGGGCGCACCGGGCUCUUUGGCACGAUUCGUUGUGGCACAUGCACAAGUCACACCACAGGCCUAGAGAAGGCCCGUUCGAACUUAACGAUGUUUUUGCUAUAAUAAAUGCUGUUCCCGCCAUUUCCCUUAUGUAUUAUGGUUUCUUCAAUAAGGGUCUCAUUCCCGGCCUCUGUUUUGGUGCUGGUCUCGGCAUUACUGUUUUUGGGAUGGCCUACAUGUUCGUCCACGAUGGACUCGUCCACAAGAGAUUCCCCGUGGGGCCCAUUGCAGAUGUACCCUAUUUAAGAAAAAUUGCCGCAGCUCAUCAGAUACACCACUCGGACAAGUACGACGGAGUCCCAUUUGGAUUGUUCUUAGGACCAGAGGAACUUGAGAAAGUUGGAGGUCUAGGGGAGUUGGAUAAGGAAAUUGGCAGAAGAAUUAAAUCGUCCAAGAAGUAGACAGUAGUGAUGAUGGAAAUGGCAAGGUAAAAUAAAUAGAGACAUGGUUUCUAAAAUGAACACUUGUCUCAAGUAUAGGAAUAAAAGAAACUAAAAAAAUUGAAUUAAUCCAGUGAUAUAUGCCUAGUUACAUGUCAAUUUUCAUUGUACAAGUUUAAAACAGUUUUUGUUUCUCGGCUUACAUUUUUUAUUGGAAGAAUAAAACUUCAAUUUUGUCCCA